UGAUGAAAAACUGAUGGAUAGCCAGAUGCUUCUUAAUGAAACUAGCAAGCGUAACAUGUUUGAUGAUAACUUAUGGUUUUCCCUGUCCAAGCGACCAAACUACAGUCGGUUCACCCGUGUUCAGAGACUGUGGUCCAUUACCGCUCUCCUGUAUCUGUCGAUGGUGGCUUCAGCCAUGUUCUACAAUACCCCGGAUCAGGGCGGACGCGUCAUAGUACUUGGACCGCUUAAACUCAGCUACAAACAAUUUUAUGUUGGCUUCAUGUCUGCUGCAAUAGCAGUAAUACCGAGUCUUAUUAUCAUCAAUAUCUUCAAACAUCGACGAUUUAAGGGCGAGCAGGUGGUCCAGUUUUCCAGCAAAGGUGCACCGAAAAAGAAGCGGUGCUGUUGUGGAUGUUGUUUCAGGUGUUGUUCUGGCCCCACCUCGCUUCCCUGGUGGUUCAUCUUUUUCGGAUAUUCUCUAAUCGUGGCAUGUAUAGGGUCCGGUGGAUUCUUUACAUUCAUGUACUCCCUCGACUGGGGGACGGACCUAACUGUAGAGUGGCUGCUUGCCUUUUUCCUCGGAACGGUGGAGAGCGUCUUCGUCUUUGAACCUGUGAAGGCCAUCGCCUUGGCUGUGCUACUCGCGUGCUGCUGUUCCAGAAAUGCUCGGCAAACGCUGGCAGACCUACCUCUUCCAUCUGAGGAAGACGAGCAAGAAGAUGACUUUGACCUGGAACGACAUAUUAUCACCGUUGACCCCACAAUAGUCUGUCCCGAUGACGCCAAUGACGAUUGCUCCAUGGAAACCAAGCGACUGAAGCGCCGACUACAAUUGGACAAGAAGUUAUAUGCACUCGUUAAAAGCUGGGUAGUACAGUUUCUUUACGUCAUACUGGUCGCCUUCAUCUGCUCUCAAAACAUCGUGGAGAAUGCAUACCACCAAAAUACACAUCUCAAGGCAGCGUUAUCAUCAAAGACGCCGAACUCAACGGAAGACAUUUGGGACUGGAUUUCCAAUAAAUUUAUUCCAAAGAUAUAUCCAAAGAUAUACCUAAACGGCGAAGUACGUUUAUCAUACGUCCUGCGGUUCAUUGAUGACACCCAACACUUCCGGUUGGGUUUAUCAAGGAUACGGCAGGUCCGUGUGACCCCAAAAAGUCAACCCUUCGUAUUGCCGUGGUUUAAUUCACAACCGUGCUUUAUACCAAAAGUAAUGACGAGUUCUGUGACCAGAUGUCCAGUCAGUUAUGGCGACAAUACGGAGGCAACAGAUGACUACUGCAAAGGAUGGACACCGACCAAUCUGACAUGUUUUGACGAGAAUGAGGAAACGGAUUAUGCUUUUCUAUAUAACAACGCAUCUGUGACAAAGGCUAUGGAUUACAGGGGGACGUAUGGAACCUACGGCGGAGGGGGUUACUUCUUGGACCUAGGACCCAAACAGUCAAUUGCACUUCUUUACAUAGAAACUCUCAAAAACAACAAUUGGAUUGACGAGUACACCAGGGCGGUGUUCAUCGAAUCUAUGCUUUAUAAUCCUGAUUCAAAGCUUUUCUCCCACGUCAAAGUUGUUUUCGAACUGUCCUCCUUCGGAGAAAUCAGCAUUUUGCAUAGGAUCACCACAGCUAAUUUGUACCCUUUUCAAGAAUCAAUUGACUAUUUGGUGCUUGGAUUACAAGUUAUCUUUAUAUUGAUAAUAUUCAUCAAACUUGUUUUAAUAUUUGUGCGAGCACUCCGGAGCAGAUGUGGGCAUUUUCUGACAGUUAUGGGAUGGGUCAGUGUAUUUGAAGUUGCAUUCGGAAUUUGUGCUAUUGUCUUCUUCUGCAUUAGAGUUGACGAAACCAUCACAGCGAUAGAGAAAAUUUUCAAGAACCUUGGUUCGUUCGUGUCGUUUGAGACAGUGAAUAUGAUGGAUGAAUGGUACAAGGCGAGUAUCAGUGCCGUCUGCUUCAUAGCAACGCUUGAAUUACUGAAGCCUCUCUCCUUUAACUACUACAUGCAUUUAAUGAGAACGACAUUCAUCAUAGCCAGGCAUAAAAUUGCCGGAUUCGUUUUCAUCCUUUGUGUCCUGGUAUUUUCUUUCGCAUUACUCAUAAACCUCAUGUACGGCAAUGCGGAAGAGGAGUUUCACUCCAUAGGAACCUCUAUGAUGUCGCUGUUCCGGGUAACCAUAGGGAUGGUCAGUUUCCGCCAGGAUGUGCAUGUAGAGGAUGUAGGCAUCAUCUGUAUUUUUGCACUUUUUACUGUGAUGAUAACCAUGGUGACCAUCAAUUUAUUCAUCAGUACAUUGAACUUUGCAUUUUCGGACGCAACUAAUAUUAUCACUAAACCAGGAGAAUAUAGGUUUGAUAAACGACUAAAUGAACAUUUCUGGAACAAGUUUGACACCAUCGCGCAGGUAUUAACCGUGUCCAAAGUUCAUCCUGUCGGGGACAUCAAAGAAGCCGAAACGGAUCCCAUGGAUGAAAAGCUAACGAAGCUACAACAGAAGAUGGUGAGCCUUGUUAAAGAGGAUUUCUUCACACAAGCACAGUUUGUGAAAGGAUGUCUGAUCUGGACAGCAAAAAUCAUCAAAUCUAGGGAGCUACGCUGUAUAUCCCGACUUCUCGAGUCAGAAUCUCACUACCUGUACAUGGAUAAAUCCGGCAAAUUUGUGCUGAUGUUGAUGUAUGCCCAGGUACUAGAGGAAGAAGAAAUCCCAGUUAGAUACAUAAAGAAGGACGAGAUGAAUACAAGGGUUGGACCCCCGUCUGAUACCUACACUCACCUCCUGAGUGAUCUUUUCUUAUUUAAUGUUCCGGAAUCACUUUCGAAUCAGGGUCCAUUGGAUGUCAAAGUAGUCGACAGAGAAAUAAUUGACGAGUCGAAAGUGUCAUAUGGAGAGGUUUACCUCAUAGCAAGUUUCGACGGAGGCAAGACAUGGCAGCGAUAUUUAUCGCUUCAAUCUAAUCAGGAGAGUCCUUGUAUUGGCGUAAAAUUGAACACAUGUCCAAGUCAUGUAAUAGCUGCUAAAUGCGACCCAUGGAUGGCGCCUUCUGAGGCUGUUCGUGAUACGAUCGAGGCGCACGUCAUAUCCAGUCUGGGCGGCACGGUCAUCCUAAACAAGGACAAACGAGUUACUGUAAUAGUAGAUCCGAAUACGAGUGAAACAGCGUGCAAGUUGUCGUUCAUGUUUGAGGACAAGAAGCCAGCACCGAUAAUCUAUAUCAGAGUUUCUGAGGACAUAAAAUAUCCAGUGAAGCUGACGCUGCCGCAAACGGAGUUCCUAAAACCUCUGGAAAGUAAGAAAGGCAAACCACGGGAAUUUUACCUUAUGACAAGAGAUGGGAUCGCAGAAUGGGUAACAGGUUCGACACCUGUAAAGAAAAAUAACCUUGGGCACUUCUCAUUCAGAUUGGACAACCUUCGAUACGGCGUGUUAAAAUCUGUUACUGUUACACCAGAAGAGGAAAAGGAUUGAUGGACAUGUUGUCGAAAUAGAAGAUUCUGAUUGAUAGCAGACUGUGAUAUCUGUUACAAGUUACUUUUACAUGAACAUUGAUGAACCAGCAGCAGGUGUAGCAUUUUAUGUUCAAAUGGAGCUGUCCAUGAUACCAUGAACUCAAGUCUAUAACUUGUUAAAGAGAGAAGUCGUUGUAUAUGUCGUUUAACGCACACGCCAUGCAAAUUAUCAUCCAUCCCUUUUUUUAUCUACAGUAACUUACAGUGGCCAUAAGCUUUAGGAUAUAAUUACAGGAAAUUCUAUUUUUCACAUUGUAACAGUAUAAAUCCAAACUAAAGACUAUAUAUUUCCUAUGUUAUCAUUUAAAUUUAAUAUAUAUCCGCCAUCGACAACACUGCACUUCGACAGCAAGAGACUUUAUUACAUAUCUGGCGUCGACAGCAAUAGCCUUUAUACAUUGGUAUAUCCGACGGCAACAGCAAAAGACUUUAGCCGAAUUACAAAUACAUAUAUUGUUGGCGAAUAUAACGUAUCAUACAUCUUGCUUCCCUGCGAUGGUUGUACGAAUACAAUGUUACCGAAUGCAUCUUGCUUUCCCAUGACGUGUCUAGGAAUGCAAUGUUACCAAAAAUAACGCCGGAUACAUCUUGCUUUCCCCAUGACGUGCCAGGGAAUGCAAUUUUACCAAACUUGACGAUGGUUUCAUUUUGCUUAACCGUGACAUGCUUGCGAAUACAAUGUUACCAAUACAGUGAUACUGUAAAAAGAAAAGAUACCGCUCGCUUUCCCGUUAUGUGUGUUACUAAUGCAAUGUUACCUGAUAUGAGGAUUACUACUCCCUGAGAAGUGAACGAAUGCAAUGUAACAGAAAACGUUCGCCUCUCAUUGACUAUGUAUGACUACAAUGUUACCAAAUAUGACGUUUAAUCGAUGACGCCAGCAUCAGUGUAGGUUGAUAUUUUGUACACAGAGAUCGUCAGUUUAUGUUACAAACUGUUUGCAUAACUCUUCCAUUUCUGUUCUCAAUCAAAUGCUUGAUCACAAAGAUUUAUUUGGAUAUGUAGAUAUUGUCCUUAUUUUCAUCGUCAAUGUACUAUGAAAUCCAUAUUAUUUUCGUGGGGUUUUUAAUUCGUUGAUUCGUCGGUAAUCUUCUUCACGAAUACAAUGGUCCACGAAGUAAUUACAAGUUUGACAUAAAGCAAUUCUCUGUAUGAGCGGGUACCUGUUAUCCACGAAUUUGUGUACCUACGAAAUGGUAGUUUUUCGGAAAACCACGAAAUUCGAGUCCUACGAAAAUAUCUUAUUUAACAGUAUAUCGUAUGUCAUCGAUAAUUCCACAUAGGGAACUCAUCCUGUAAUGUAACUGUGUUGUUUAAACAUAACUUAUCAUUAUUUGUAAUACAUGCAUGGGUUACCUCCCUUUACAAUAUCUCAUAGUAAGACUCCUGGGACAGUGCACGUCAUCCUCAAUGUACCGGAGUUACGCUCACUUACGCUCUCUACGUCCCUGGAAUAUGUCAUAGCAAAAUUAAAGGCUCAGUGUACACCACCUUGUUAAUAAGACAAGAAGACUAGUUCAAACAUUUGAUGUAUAUCAAAAGAAUCUCGCGA